AUGGAACAAUCAUUUUUUUUCGACAACCACCACUCGAUCAGAGCUUUAAGGUGGCUGACAAUUGCUGAGAAAUUGUUGUCGGCGCGUGACUUGCUUGGAAGCAAGGCAUUUGCGAGCCGGGCUCGAGACUCUGACCUGACCCUUUUGCAGGCUGAGCAAAUCCAAGCCGUUAUUGGGAUGGGUGGUAAGGGGAGGGAGAGUAGAGAAUGGAGGUCGGUGAGUGAAAUGGUAGUGAAAGAGAGAAGGGAUUCCCGGGGAUUCCCGUUUGGAGGGAGGCGACGGGUUGUAGAGAUAGAAUAG